AUGUAUAAGGAGAGAUUACCAGCCAUUGACGAGUUUUCUUUGGGUGAACUGACAAAACAUAAAGUCAGGAAAAGAAAAUUGGGACCUCAUCCAAAUAUAUUUGAAAUGUAUUUUGCUUUUGCUGAUCAAACACCUCUGUUUCCUGGUGCCUUCACUAACUAUUCACAAGACCUUCCUGUUCGUCUUCUGAGUGAUGGAUGUGGUAAACAUAUCACUCUAUUUCUUGUUAUGGAGAGAUGCAGUUGCAAUUUAAAAGAAUAUUUGAAAAGAAUAGGUGUUUCUGGUCACACAGCAUUGCUACUGUUUACUCAGCUUUUGGAAGCUCUAGUAAACUUGCUUCAAAAUGAUAUUACUCAUCGGGAUUUGAAGACUUACAAUAUUUUAUUAGAUUUCCAGUAUGCACCCUCCUCUCCUAGACUUGCAAUAACUGUCUUUGGGUGUUGUCAUGAAGACCUCUAUAUGGUUUACAAUUCAUAUGAUUCUGAGAAAGCUGGAAAUAUAGCAUUCAUGGCACCAGAAAUUGUAAAUGUUGAAGCGUGUCCUAUCUCAGUGAUUGAUUAUUCGAGAUCAGAUCUACGGAGAGCAGGAACUUUAGCAUAUGAAGUAUAUGGAGGAACCAAUCCUUUUUGUUCUGAAGAUACUGUUCUUGCGCGUUCCAUCGCAAUUAUGGAAUAUCUGACCAAAACUUUACAAAAAAUGAGAGAAAUUCCUAUGGCAUAUUGGAUAGAAGGAUCUAAAGCAGCAGCCGAAAAAAUUGAGGUUGAACCUAUUUUGACAAAUAAACGAAUUCUAAAGCGCAAAAAGCAGUUUGAUGAAUUGUACGAGAACGAAUCACAACUACUUCAUCCUGCUCAGCUAUUUCUAAUGCAAUAA